CGCCCAAAGUGAUCCUUGACGAACCUCUCACAAUGCCGCCUCCACCAACGACCUCUAACGGCAAUGCAGCAGCUCCUCCACCAGCGACGAUUCCGCUCUCAAAUGCGUUGAUGACAAAGUUGAAGCCCGCGAAAAUCUUCAAGGGAGCAGUUGAACCGACACUGCCGUCAACACCUGUCGCUAGAUCACAUCAAGGGCCACGACACAUCACCGCCAUCACAUUCGAUGACCGGGGAGAUCAAGUGUUGACUGCAGCUGAAGAUGAGACUUUUCGGUUGUACAGCUGCAAGACGGGCAAACAUCUCAAAACGUUGUAUUCUAAGAAAUAUGGGGUCGACCUUCCUCGUUUCACGCAUAGGCAUACUACCGUCACUGACACCAUUCGGUAUCAUUCACUCCACGACAACAAAUACUUGCAGUAUUUCAAGGGGCACAGCGGACGCGUCGUCUCUUUGGAAGUUUCACCCAUCGACGACGGUUUCAUGUCCGGCUCAAUGGACAAAACAGUUCGAUUAUGGGACCUCCGCGCCCCGACAUGUCGCGGGCUCCUGAACCUACCCGCAUCACCCAUCGUCGCAUACGAUUCCAGCGGGUUAGUGUUCGCAGUGGGCGUGAAUCACUAUUCACGGAUACUCUUAUACGACCAAGCAAACUACGACAAAGACCCGUUCUUGACCAUAACGCUAGAAGACCCUACCCUUGCCCUAGUCAGCUACCCACCUCGCCCGAUAUACAUGACAUCUCUCUCAUUCUCGCCAAACGCGAAAUACAUCCUUGUUGGCUGUUCUGGUGAUGCGCACUACAUCUUGGACGCGUUUGAAGGUCAUCUGUUGGCCAAGUUGGAGGGUCACGUUGGGUUGGAGCGCCGACGCAUCGACGCCCCGCAGACUAUCGACCCCUCGAAGGGUAACAGCGGUGAGGAGGUGUCUUGGACGCCGGAUAGCAAGUAUGUUGUCAGCGGCAGUCUGAAUGGGAAAAUAAUCAUAUGGGACGUCCAAAACUUGCCUGUGCGGUCAGGCGUCGUUGAUCUCAAGGCACACCCAACGCGGCUUCAGCCGCUUACUACUCUUGAUGGCCAUCCCGGUCCGUCUAGAUGUGUGAGAUUCAAUCCUCGGUUAGCUAUGAUUGUAUCCGCAGGGGCGGAAUUGGCAUUUUGGCUGCCAGACCAGUCGGCAGAUAACGAGGAAAUCGCGAAGGAACUCUUGCGAAAAAAGUAGAGAUAAACUUAUUGUUCGAGUAUUAUGUAUGUAUGGUGUAG